AUGGCUGUUAAGGUCAUUAACAAAGGCGACGACUCGGCUGCCAAGAGAUAUCUGCUCGACAUCGCCAAGUUCCAUUACGACAACUUGAACAACUGUAUCCUAGCGGAACUUCUCGAGCUGAAAAGCUCCGAGUUCGCAGAGAUCAAGACGGAGCUCGAGCAUCGUUGCUACGUCAAGUUUCGCUACUCGCUGUUCGCCGGUCCGCCUCCAUUCGAACUCGUGGCGCAUGCUGCCUCUACUGUUCCGGCUCAUGAGAUGGAGACGUGGCUCUCUGCCCAACUGGACAUCGCUCGCUAUGAUAUGCAAGAACAUCGCGUGUACAAAAUGACGGAUAACGAUCAACUGCGUCUGGAGCAACUGGUGGCUUGUGCACACAAGAAACUCGGUCCUUGGGACGAAACGGAGCUGAACCGCGAGCAAUUCUACGAUGCACUAGCGGAAAUCGUUCGUUGCGCCUGAUGCCACGAACACUUGCGACGUUUAGAGGAAACUUGAUUGUGUUCUAAGUUACGUUUCUACUACAUAGGAUUGAGUAAAACAAUGAAACGAUAUAAGAAACUA